CCAUCAGUCUACACUGUUGUGGUAAUAUUGAGUCUUCCUUUAAGCAUUAUGGCAAUUCUUGUGUUCCUGAUAAAAAUGAAGGUGAAAAAGCCAUCUGUAGUCUACAUGCUCAAUCUGGCUUCUGCAGAUGUACUCCUUGUGAGUGUGCUUCCUUUUAAGGUUGCCUACCGUUUUUCUGGUAACAACUGGGCAUUUGGACCUGAAAUGUGUCGUUUUGUCACUGCCGCCUUCUACUGCAACAUGUACUGCUCCAUCCUGCUGAUGAUGGUGAUAAGUAUAGAUCGUUUCCUGGCAGUGGUGUACCCAGUGCAGUCUCUGUCAUGGCGCACACUGAGACGUGCUUCUUUGGUCUGCUUUGCCAUCUGGCUUCUGGCUAUAGCCAAGGCGAUGCCUCUGCUUGUCACUGAGCAAACAAAGAGAGUAUUUUCGUUAAAUGUUACUACCUGUCUUGACACAAUAUAUUUCUUUGCUGUGAAGAAGAAAUUUCAGGAUAACUUUUCUGCAUUAUCUAUUUUGUUCUUUUUUAUACCGUUCUUAAUCUCUGUCACAUGUUACGUGUGCAUUAGAAAGAAACUUUCUUCAUCCAAUGUGGCUACAAAGCCAGAUAAAAACAGACGUGCCAUCCUCCUGUCCACAGCUGUCUUGUGUUCUUUUAUUGUUUGUUUUGGCCCAACACAUGUCCUGGUACUACUUCAAAACUUCAUCUCUUUGCCUGAUCAACAGGUUGGGAGGCUCUUUUUUUCGUACAUGCUUGCCGUUUGUAUUGGCACCAUAAACUGUUGCAUUGACCCCUUAAUUUAUUAUUAUGCCUCUUUAGAGUAGCAAAGACAGGUCUGGAGUCUCUUGUCCUAUAACAGCAUUCAGAUCUUGAAAAAGGGCAGCCAGACAACAUGUAGUAAUGUGGCAACCUUGUGA